UUUAGGGCAUUGGCCCGUUAGAUAACCAGGUCAGCGGUCUAGUUCUCUCUUUCUGAUUUUCUUUUCCUUAAUGGUUACCCGCAGGGCUCAUAGAGUUCGUAAAGUACCUGAGAGGAGUGAUAACUACGAUUGGAAAGUAUACUUUGUUCUUCAACUGAAAGAAAAAGUCGAUCGGGAUUAAAUUCGAUAUGCUCCUUGCUGUUUUGUUGGACGUCGUUAUAGCUUAUUAGAACAGAGUUGAGUAAUACAUUUCAAGGAUUUUUUUUCAAGGUUUGAGGAGAGGAAAUAGCUUAUGCGUUGCUGUUGAUUCAUUUCACCUGUAGAACAUCUCAAACGAAGCGUCUUGGAAGUAGCAUGACCGAGUUUUCGGAGGUCGUUAAAACUGCUAGAAGAGCUUUUAACAGUGAAAUAACGAAAUCUCUGGAUUUUCGAAUCUCACAGCUAAAAGCAUUGUACAGGCUUUUAGAGGAACAUGGUGAUGAACUGGUUGAAGCCAUUAGAAAAGAUUUAAAAAAGCCUUUCAUAGAAGCCUCGCUUGCUGAAGUAGAAACAACAAAAAAUCAAAUUAAAGGAGCUUUGUAUGAAAUACACAAAUGGGUGAAGCCGGAACCGGCAGAAACCAACAUAAUACUCAUUUUGGAUAAAACAUACAUAUUGCCUCAACCCUAUGGAGUUGUACUUGUGAUUGGGGCUUGGAAUUACCCCUUUUUAUUAAUAUCCUCUCCUUUACUUGGAGCCAUAGCUGCGGGUAACUGCGUUAUCAUCAAGCCAUCUGAAAAAGCACCCGCAACCUGCAAAAUAUUAUCCGACCUCAUACCUCAAUACCUACACAAAGAUUGUUACCAUGUUGUAUGUGGUGGAGUACCUGAAACUACAAGUCUCCUCAACGAACGGUUUGACUACAUAUUUUACACCGGUUCACCUAUGGUUGGACAAAAAAUAAGAGAGGCGUCAAACAAAUACCUGACGCCAGUUACUCUAGAACUUGGAGGUAAAUGUCCUGUGUAUAUAGAUGAUGAAGCCGAUAUGGAGCUAACUGUGAAGAGAAUCAUUUGGGGAAAGAUGCUUAAUUUAGGUCAAACUUGUGUCGCUCCAGACUACAUACUUUGUUCCAAAAGAACUGAAUCCAGAUUCAUAGAAAUAUCGAAAAAGGUCUUGUUCGAAUUUUUCGGAAAUGACGCUAAAAAUUCUUCUGAUUUAGCAAGGAUCGUCAAUCACCAUCAUUUUGAACGCAUUCUAAAAUUUCUCAAUUGUGGGACGAUAGCUGUUGGUGGAGAAUGUGACCCCAAAGAUCUCUAUAUCUCACCGACGAUUCUCAUAGAUGUGAAAGAAACAGAUGCUGUCAUGCAAGAAGAGAUAUUCGGUCCUAUACUUCCAAUUCUUACGAUAAGUAGUCCAGCUGAAGCUAUUAGUUUUAUAAAUAAAAGAGAGAAACCACUAACAUUGUAUGUAUUUACAACAAAUAAAACUAUUCUUGAUAAAUUCCUGUACUCUACAUCUAGUGGAAGCGUGUGUGUUAAUGAUACUGUAGUUCACUUAUCAGUUGAUUCUCUUCCAUUUGGCGGAGUUGGCAUGAGUGGUAUGGGAACAUAUCAUGGUAAAUAUUCAUUCGACACCUUUUCACACAAGCGAUCCGUUCUAGUGAGAACAUUAAAUUCAUUUGGAGAAUAUCUGGGAAAGGCCAGAUAUCCUCCUUAUACCAUAACCAAAACGAAAAUUUUGAAAAAGUUCCUGGUAAAGAGGCCAAAUCUGAUACCCACUUAUUUACCUCAAUUCCUGAUUUUUCUAUUAGGAAUGAUAUCUGCACUUGCUCUGAAAGAACUCAUAAGAAUAUUUUCCAACGGUGGAUCCCACCCUUAACCAAAGAAAUGACAUAAGACAGACAAGCUUCUCAUUGGACAAUCUCAAUAUGACUAUCAAAUCGAAUUGAUAGUUCCACCUUCCAGCAAAUUACAAUCAAAGACGGCAACAUCAAAAGGAAACACCUUUGCAUAAAGCUGUUUGCAGCUACCAUAAAUAAACUGUUUAUUUUCACGAUUUGUUUAGUUUAAAUCGUAAAUAUGGAGUACAAUGUGUGGUGUUGUGUGCAGUGUGAGCUGUAUGAAUUUGAACGAAUUCUAAAUAUGCAUAUUAAACCUGAACUUGCACCAGUUACCAGUGCGAGGCGACGAUUUAUAUCACAUUCAAAUCAGUACAACUUUUCAAUAAAAAAUGAGUAAGUCCUAUUAAAAAAUUUCUACAUUUUAUGUGUAAAUUUGUAUUAUCAAAUCUUUUAUUGGAAUAGUCAACAAACUAUUUUAGAAUUGCUACAAUUGAUGAUGUCUUCUUAUAUGGUUGUGAAUGUUAUUGUAUAUAUAAUGCAUUUUCUAUAAUAUUAUUAUUUUCGUGUGUACAAUUUAUUGAAUUAAAAUUAUUUUAUUCCAUGUUUA